UUUUCACAUUUGUUACCGUGUUAAUUAAUUAAAUAUAUAUUCAAAAACCAUUAGAUGGUCUAAAUAGAAAGUAAGAGUGUCAAAAGUGUAGUAAACGGGUAUGUUUUAAAACUGAAUUUUGAAUUUAUGUGAUAAGAUAUCCAAACUACUCUGAAAAUGGAUAAUGUAUCAUACAAGAAGUAUCACGUUACGUUUAUGGAGAACAAUGAUGGAACAACUAUCCUGCAUACAUUCUUUCGCGUACUUUUAACUGUUCAGACGGCAUUACUGUGUUCUAUUCGGCCGAUGUUCCAAGAACAGGAACAAUAUGCAUACGAAUAUGUUUCUAUAAUACUAUCUAUGAUAACAGCCCAUACCAUAUUCGUUGACCAGUUGUAUGUGAUAAAUUUUGUAACCUUCUGCUUCAUUGUAUACGAAUUUUGUAGCACAAAUAGUGUACAAGAUAUUUACAAAGCAUUGACGAAGCUUAACAAUGUUAGCACUAAAACUAUAACAUUCCUGCGGGGCCUAACAUACUUGAUUACUGUGUUUUGCAUUCUCGCUGUGGACUUUAAAGACUUUCCAAGAUAUUUAGCUAAAACUGAGAGAUAUGGUUACAGUUUAAUGGAUACUGGGGUUGGAUUGUUUGUUAUUAUGAGUGGUUUGGUGCAUAAAGAUGUAAGUGGAGGAAAUUGGUACUCCAUUAUAUUGAGUAAUGCCAAAUUCCUUACUGUACUUAUUUCUUUAGGUGUAGUUAGAUUUGUAUCUAUUAAACAAUUAGACUAUCAUGAGCACGUCACAGAAUAUGGUGUUCACUGGAACUUCUUUUUCACGCUAGCUGUUUGUAAACUUGUUUCAUCUAUUAUUCUUUAUUAUUCUAAUAAACCAUUGUUAUUGAGUUCAUUAACAUUGAUUUUCCAUGAAGGUCUAUUGUACUUUGGGCUACAAGAUUGGGUGUUUGGUGAAAAUGACAGGGAAUCUCUGAUUGAUGCCAAUAGAGAAGGUAUUGUGUCAAGCUUGGGUUAUGUCUCAAUCUAUCUUUACGCUGUUUACAUUCGUUCUAUUUUCCGUAACAGUUUAGUAUCUACGUAUGAGAUAUUAAAAAAGUUUGCAUUAAAUGUAGUUAUUCUUUGGAGUCUAUCAUUCUUUAUGAAUAUAUUCAGACCUACUUCAAGAACAUUGGCCAAUGCAGGCUUCUGUUUAUAUAUUGAGGCAAUUAUUGUUACAGUAUCAAUGGUUGUUUAUUUCUUUGAAGUGGUAUAUCAAGAUAAGGAGAGAGGUCUCAGUUUCAAUGUACCUUACACACUGUUGGCUAUCAACCAAAAUGGUUUAUUAUAUUUUCUUGUUGCAAAUUUGCUAACAGGCUUGAUAAAUAUAAAUAUUAGAACAUUGUUAGUGAAUAGUUUCACCACAUUUAUAAUACUUAACAUGUAUAUGAUGCUAACUUUAGGAUUUAUUGCUUAUUUAAAGUGCAAAGGUAUUAAGAUUUAA